AAGAAGGUCGUGUGUGCGCUCGCUUUAAAAGCUCAAAGCUUUGCUUCGUUUCAUUUCAUUUCGUUUCGUUUCGGUUUCGUUUCGUUGUGUUUCGUUUGAUUUAAAUUCUUUUGCAACGCCAGCUCGUUCGUCUUUCGUCGUGUUGCUUGAGCGCGCAAUCGUAAGUGUUUGUUUGUGUGUGCAUGUGUAGGAUAUGUCAAAGGACCUGCAAAUUCAAGGAAUAUAAAAAAACGAUCAAAUAAACCAUUUGAAUUGGUAACAGAAGUUGAAAACUGAGAUAUUACUAUUGCUAAAUUGAGUGUGCUUAUCAUUGAUUUAUCACAGCCAAAACAACAAAAACAUCAAUAAGCGAUACAACAACUACCCACACACAUACAAUUUAUAACUUUGGAUUAAUUCUGCAAAUAAAUCGUUGGGCAAUUAAGGAAGUAAUUUGUGGCUGUCGAUUUGUUGCUGUUGUCGUCGUCGUCGUCGUUGCAAGAUCAUCAGCCAAGCAGCGUCAUGAAUGCAACCACAUGAAACGUCGGCUGUUGAAGCGUCAACAGCAAUUGCCAUAAUUGCCAUUGGAGCAGCAAACAUACAACAAACACACACACACACACAUACGGAUACACACCCCAGAGCUGCAGGCAAGGAGUCCAAUAACCGCACCACCCAACAACAACAACAACAGCAACAACAGCAACGAAACUUGCCACACGAGAUAUCCGCGGCAGGCACAAAUCCAAUUGCCAGCUUUGUUGGCUCCUCGAAACUGAAUUGUAACAACGCGUUGCAAAGCAUCGGGCGCCGGAAAAUCCCAAAGCCCAAAAAAACAAAAACAAAUAGAAAAACCUGUGCAGAGAGAGAGAGAGAGAGAUCAAUGAACGCGGCACGCAGCUGACAACAACAGCAACAACAACAACGGCGCAACGAAGCAUACAAAAAAAAAACAAAACGGGCCAGCAUUUGGCUUGGCAACGUUCAAGUUCAAAAUCGCCAUAACAACAACAGCAGCAGCAGCAACAAGCAUUGCAACUGCCACAAGCAGGAAGUUGCACAGCUGCACCUUAAUUGGGCGCAGUGUCAUUACCAACACAACAACAACAACAACUACAGCUACAACAACACACGCUCAUCCCGCUCAAUGUAAGAUGUUAGUGACCAACAACAGCAACCAGAGCCAGCGCCGCCAACACCAACACCAACACCAACACAGCAGCAACAGGAACAACAGCAGCAACAGGAACAACAGAUGCUGCCACAACAACAGCAACAGUUGGCAACACCUGAGUCUCAGCCUGCUGCUAAGCUGCAGCCUGUUGCAGCUGGGCAAUGCCACAGCGAGCAGCUCGACGGCAGCAACAGCAUUGCUGACGGGUCAACAGUUGGCGCCGUGGCAAACAACCGCCUCGUUUCACACGACGCCAACGGCGGCGCCACAAGCACGCAAUCUGUAUGCGCCAUAUCAGCGCUUUAGUCGGCAGGACGACAUCAGCUUUAAGGAUGUGCGACAGCGCACAGAUGGCAGCAUUGUGCAAUCCUUUGGUUCCUAUCGCACAGCGCGUCAAUCGACGCCAACAGCAACAUAUGCGCAGCGUCGCUCCGAUGUGGAGAUUAUACCUGCCCCAUCGGUGGAGCUGCCACAGAGCGAACUGAUUACGAUACCCAAGCAGCUGGUGCCCACGCUGCCGGAGAAUGUGACACGUCAGGGACGCAGACGCAACUACAUGUACAUUCCACUGCAGUCGGAGGCGGAGUCGGGCACGGCUGCCACGCUGUUGCAGCUGCGACCCAGUCACAAUGCCACACUGGCUGCUCUGGGGCCACCGGCCGAUGGCGUUGCUGCGGCGGCACAUGAAUUUGGUGCCGCAUUGGCGGCACAGGCGGAGCAGCAACAGGAGCGCACGGAACGCAGCGAUCUUGUGGCGGCUGCCAGCUCCACGGACCGAUUGGAGUAUGCCGAGCCGGAGAAUACGAGUCGCCGUGUGGGCUUUCAGUUUCCCAGCUACAGUUUGAAGCCGGCGAAUCCAUUUUAUCCGCAGGCCUAUCGCGAGGACAGCCCCAUCUUUGAGGAGAGCAGCGCUGCUGGAGGCGCCUAUGAGCCGCAACCCUACAGCGAAGAUGCCCCGCCCACGCCCACACAAUACGAGCCACAUGAGACGCGCCACACGCGGCAGCUCUACUUCGACUCGGAUGUGUCGCCCUCGAGCUUCGAGUUUCCCGGUUUGGUGGCCAAUUCCAAGCCGCACACACUCAAUGCCGCCGUUGCCGCUGGCAAACUUUAUCGCGAUGAUGUUACCAAGUUUGGCGAUAUCAAUGGACCCAUCACCGCCUUGCCACAGCGCCUGCAGCGUGGCCUCUACUUUGGUGACACGGAAUUCCGCACUGGACCCAGUCCCAUGCGACAGUUUGGGCCACAGAAGGCCUUCAACGAGUACGUGGCACCCGGCGACUAUCAGAGCUCCCGCAAGAGUCGCUACUUUCCCUACAAGUCGUCGCGCAGUCCCCGCGUCGUCUUUCCCACCAAUGAUAAUGUCGGCACCACCGGACCCAGCGGAGGAGGCAGUGCACCAUCCGGCACAGGCGUCUACUUUAGCGACAACAUUGCUUUCAGAGAUCAAAACUUUGGCAUUAAUGAAUUGGCUGCCGUUCAGGAUGUGCGCAAUGAUUUUAGCCUGCAGGAUCUGGACAGCGCUGCGGAGGCAACGAGCAGUCCCCAAUCGGCCAGCACAUUCAAGGAGAAAGUCGACAUCUCAUCGGACAUGGAGUGCCAGCAUCGCGGCGGUACCUGUGAGUUCUUUUUAGGCUGCUGGCUAUCCGGUGGCCUCAUACAGGGCACUUGCAACGGAUUGCUGCGGGGCUGUUGCCAUCGCACCGCCAAAUCGGCUAAUUUGCGAAGCUCGGACUAUGUUGGCAAUACGGUUGAUCUGACCGAUUUGCCACAAAAGAACUUUGGACCGGUCAACAACGAACCCAGCUGUGGCAUCUCGCUGGCCAAACAGACCGCACAGCGUCGCAUUGUGGGCGGUGAUGAUGCCGGCUUUGGCUCCUUUCCCUGGCAGGCAUACAUACGCAUUGGCUCCUCCAGAUGUGGUGGCUCGCUGAUCUCGCGUCGUCAUGUGGUCACUGCCGGGCAUUGUGUGGCACGUGCCACGCCCCGUCAGGUGCACGUCACGCUGGGCGAUUAUGUGAUCAACUCGGCCGUGGAACCGCUGCCCGCCUACACCUUUGGCGUCCGUCGCAUCGAUGUACAUCCGUAUUUCAAGUUCACACCGCAGGCGGAUCGCUUUGAUGUCUCCGUGCUGACGCUGGAGCGCACAGUUCACUUCAUGCCACACAUAGCUCCCAUUUGUCUGCCGGAGAAGAAUGAGGACUUUCUGGGCAAAUUUGGCUGGGCUGCCGGCUGGGGCGCCUUGAAUCCAGGCUCGAGGUUGCGCCCCAAAACGCUGCAAGCUGUCGAUGUGCCCGUGAUUGAGAAUCGCAUCUGCGAGCGUUGGCAUCGACAGAACGGCAUCAAUGUGGUCAUCUACCAGGAGAUGCUCUGCGCCGGCUAUCGCAAUGGUGGCAAGGACUCCUGCCAGGGCGACUCCGGCGGUCCGCUGAUGCAUGAGAAGAACGGCCGCUGGUAUUUAAUAGGUGUCGUCUCGGCCGGCUAUUCCUGUGCCUCCCGUGGCCAACCCGGUAUCUAUCAUCGUCUGGCCUAUACCGUGGACUGGGUAUCCUAUGUUGUCGGCCUGACAACUAAUAUUUAAGCUAUGCAACUCGCGUCUAAUUUAUUUUAGCUCCAGCUGCAGCUUGCAACAUGACGGGGCACGUUUUGUAUAUAAUUCACUUUCCGGUUUCCUUUGACUUUUGCAUUCUUUAAUAAUGUCUUAAUUAAUUUCUUUAUUUAUGCAUAUUUUUAAUAAUUCAUGAACAAAUUAUAAAGCUAAACUUAAGAAAAUGAGCAAGCCGAGUUCGCUAGAAUUUAGAAUUUUAGGCAGAAGAUAUUCCCCAAAUUGAAUAUCGGUCGAAUUAUGCGAUUUUCAAAAUACUUUACUUAAACUAGAAAUUAAUUAUUAAUUAAUUUACUUAGUCAUAUGCGCUGUUACGUAAUUUUAAACUAUUUAUGAACUAAUUUUUGUGUAAAUAAAUGAUGUAAAUGUGAAAA